UCUUUUCACCCACAGUGCUUCUCACUCUCUCUCUGGUAUUGUUUAGUGUUUUCUGAGGAGACCAACAGAGAUGGGUUUAGUUGUGGUGAUUUCUCUUCCUUUGAUUCUCUUUGCAAUUGUUCUUGGGUUCGGUUGCUACUUCCUGGGAAGAGCAAAGGGACGGCAAGAUGUACGCACUCGUGCGCAGGUCUACGGAGUGCCUACACCACCGCCUGGUGGGGUUGCUUCUCAUCCCUCAUCACCUCCAACGCAACAUACCAAGCCAGACAAUUCCAUGAACGUUUGAGAGCUGCUUCUGAUGAAUUCCAUUAUUGGAUCAAAAGAAUCUCCCCUUCUCAAUUGUUUGAUUUGAUUCUUUCUUUCUCCAAAAAAUGAAAUUUCUGUCGAAGAGUGUGUUCUUGAUUAUAUUUGUAAUUUGUGUGAGGUUUGAUGUGAAUUAGUGAUUUGAUGUAUAGGUACAUUAUUUGGUGUAAAUUGGUGGGAUAAUAAGAUUUGAGUUUGAAUU